AUGAACAAAAUCGAUGGCUGGGGAUCUUUGGAGGCCGAGGGAAAAAUAUUCAUAAUGAUGAAGCCUCAACACGACGCUACCUUCUCACGCGUGAACAAAAUCGAUGACUGGGGAUCUUUGGAGGCCGAGGGAAAAAUAUUCAUAAUGACGAAGCCUCAACACGACGCUUCCCCCUCAAUCGCCCCCAAAAUCGAUGACUGGGGAUCUUUGGAGGCCGAGGGAAAAAUAUUAAUAAUGAUGAAGCCUCAACACGACGCUACCUUCUCACGCGUGAACAAAAUCGAUGACUGGGGAUCUUUGGAGGCCGAGGGAAAAAUAUUCAUAAUGACGAAGCCUCAACACGACGCUACCUUCUCACGCAUGAACAAAAUCGAUGGCUGGGGAUCUUUGGAGGCCGAGGGAAAAAUAUUCAUAAUGACGAAGCCUCAACACGACGCUACCUUCUCACGCAUGAACAAAAUCGAUGUCUGGGGAUCUUUGGAGGCCGAGGGAAAAAUAUUAAUAAUGAUGAAGCCUCAACACGACGCUACCUUCUCACGCAUGAACAAAAUCGAUGACUGGGGAUCUUUGGAGGCCGAGGGAAAAAUAUUCAUAACGAUAGAGCCUCAACACGACGCUACCUUCUCACGCAUGAACAAAAUCGAUGACUGGGGAUCUUUGGAGGCAGAGGGAAAAAUAUUCAUAAUGACGAAGCCUCAACACGACGCUUCCCCCUCAAUCGCAUGA